AUGAAGUUCUCGACGAACAACUCUCUUUUGACGGUCGCAACCGUGCUCCUGGCCUUUUCCGCCAGCGCGUCUGCACAUGCGAUUUCCAUACCCGCGCUCGGCAUCCAGGGCACGGGCCAGCGCUCGGACGUGCAGCGGCCCAGCAACGCCAACCCGUGCGGCAAGAUCAACAUCGCGAAGAACCUCGACUCCUCGCCGGCCGUCGCCGCCGCGGCCGACGGCUCGGUCACGAUCAAGAUGAAGGCGUUCAACCCCGGCGCGGACGGCUCGCUGCAGGUCGCCGUGCGCGUCAACGCGGACGGGAAGGGGAAGAACUUCGUCGCGGGGACGGUCACCAAGAACGGCAACCCUAAGCCCAAGGUCGGCGAUGUGGACACGGUCGUGUUCAAGCUCCCUCCGGGCACGAAAUGCACGGGCGGCGCGAAGAAGAACCGGUGUCUGGUGUCCGUCAAGUCCACACGAGGAUUUGGCUCGUGUGCCGUCGUCACACAGGGCGGCAAAGGCAAGAGAGGCAGCCCCGAUUUCGGCCUCGUCCAGGCGAGCGCGCGCAGGGGAAAUAGAGCUGCGGUCGUGGCGCUUGCACGCGCCGUUGCGAGGGAAGAGGAGAUGCUCGAGGAUGGCCACGAAGAUGACGUGCCUGCGGGUGUUGACGGGGAUGCCUCGAUUGCCUCUGUCCACGAGGAUGAUUUGCUCGCCGAUGUUGACGACGAUGACUUGGAGUCGGUUGAUGCUGACGACGAAGAAUAG